CACAGAACACGUGAAUUAUUUCAUCCUUCACAGCCGGUGAUUUGCUAGCGUUCAAACGUAAAGCGCGCGGCCAGGACGAGGUCAACCUAUUCGUACAGCCCCCAGCAGGUUGGAAAUGGGGCGGGCCUUCGGCUAUCAGCCUCCCGCGGAUCAGCCAUCCGGUUGCGGGUGCAGGACCGCAUACACCUCAAGCCGAACCCGAUGUGGAAGGAUGAAUGGUUCGGCAUCUGCCCGAAAGCAGAGUGGGACAGGGCAUGAAGGCGGGACGGACAGUCGAGAGGAGGAGGCAGAGGUGACACACGCGUCGCCGAAAAAGCCCAGGCGCAAGCGCAAGGCCAAGAACCAGGAGGAGCGUUCUGGUGCUGCGGAUGACGCCACCUCAAAAGUAGUCGGGGAGGAGACAGUAAUUUCGUCUCUUGCCAUAACUUUGCUCAACGAAAAUGAUGCGGGGGGCCCUGCAAGCCCAUCGGCAAAUCCCCAGCCAGUCACCGUAGCGCGGCGGAGCGACAAGCCGCUGGAAGCUUUCGGGACGAUGGAACAGGAAUCGAAUGCGGUCGUCGUGCCGGAGACGCAAGAGACGCCCGCGCUCGCGGCCAACGUGGAGAGAGCGAAGGAAGCCAGGGGAACGGCGUACGGAGACAUGGGCGUGGAUGAGGAUGUGACCACUAAGGAAUCGCCGAGCACAGUCGACCUGGCGUCUUCUACCCGGUCAUCCAAUGAUGCUGGGGGUGCAGAGGAUCACGAUGCACAUGUGACGGAGGCGCGAGGUGGCAAGGCUUCCCAGGCCAUGAACGCGUCUCAGCCAGAGGCAAGGCCUGAGAGCGAGCCAGAAGCUGGAGGACAGGUCGCUCAGUGUGAUGACGACCAAAUGCUGGAUGCUUCACAGACGGUGUCAAAAGUUAAUGCUGACAAUGCGGCGGUUAGGCAAGAAGAAGAGACUCUCGAGCCGUCGUCCGUCAUGAAAGCGAGAAGCGCGCGAAUGAGAGGAAAGGCAACAGCAGCAGUGGCAGUGGCAACUGUACCCCAACCUUUCCAUGUUCCCGGACAAUGUGGGAUCUGCAAUAAGGAGCUGUCGCAUUCCUUUGAGAGUUGCGAAGUGAUUCGCGCAGGCCGCGACGCGGUGCAGCGCAGGUGUCAAGAGCUCAAGGAGAAGGGUCGACGAAAGAAGGUGCCUGAGAGGGCUGCACAGAAGGUGCUGGAACAGUGGUUGAAAUCAAACAUCAAGAACCCUCAAACGCAAGAAUCAACACUUGACAAUACUCAAAUGCAGGAAACGGCAGUAACCGCCCCGAAGUCAAUACCGACGCAAAAGGUUUCAGGGACAACCCAGCCGCAGAAGGACAUGACCUCCCUGCUCGACGAACUCGGAGCGUUGCGCGAGAGGGCAUCGAUGGCGAUCAAGAAAGGAGCAGACUUGGCAAGUAAAGUGCAAGAAGGACACCAUAACGGGACCCCGGUCAGCCUGUACGAGACGACGCAAGCCGAGGUCGCGCUGCGCGACGCAGUCCAGGUCAAAGAUUCGGUGAAUGCGCCCCUCGAAGCAAACCCUGAUUUGCAUACGCAAGAGCGAGGCGUUGCCAGCCCCGCAUUGUCAGAUCGGAUCAAAGCUGCGCAAAUUGUGCUUGCCACAACACCUGAUUCGCAGUCGGCAACAGCAGCUCCCCUGCCAGCUGAAGCGUCGAUGCGAGUCAGCAUCGCCGACCCGAAACUCGCGCCGCUCCCUGGACUGCGCUCCCCGACAGGCUCCGAUUCGUCCCGAGAACUGCAAACGAGCCCGCUUCUAGCACCGGCUAGUGCACCGCCUGCAGAAGACGAGGUUGAAACGCAGGCAAUCGACGAGCCGGCCUCGCCGCGCAAGAGUUCAUUAGCCGUACCAAUCGGCAAGGGCUUCGAGCCUGAAGACUCUCAAGCUGAUCAGAUCGAGUCGGAUAGUAGCAGCCAGACGUCCGAAGACUCUGACGAAGAGGAAGAAGGUAUUGAAACUGAUCAUGAGGAUGUGGAAGAAGAGGAGGAAACAGAGCCGGAAGAUGCAGAGGCAGAGGAUGACAUCUUGAAUGCGGAUCAAGGCACAGACAAACAGCAACUGCCCAACGGCCAUGCGCAGGACGGAGAAGGAUUUUCUGAUUCUGAGAUCGAAGAGGGAGAUGCCGAAGAUAUGGCAGAGGGCUUGCGCUCCCGUUCUGCAUCACCGCCUCCGAAUCAGCUGGGCAAUCAUCGGAACAAUGAGGCGGACGGCGUUGCGGAGGGCAAGGAAAAGGAGAGUCUGCGACCAGCAGCCGUCCCAGAAAUCUCACAGCCGUUCAAUCCGUUUCGGCGCAGCACGCGGAAUGGCACAAGUGCGUCACAGCCGACUCUGGCACAGCGUAUCAUCCAGACGCCCUUUAAGAGACUCUCCGACUUAAGGCCGCAACAUCUGCGGCAGAGCUUCUCGCAGCCGAACUCGCCCGUCUCGGCUGCGUCCACCUCGACACGGAUUUUUCCAACGGGGCCCGCCACGAAUGCGCACGACGGCGUCAAUGGGGCUGCAACGACGCCUGCCAAGGGGGGGAUGGACACCGCGAAUAUACCUUCAACUUCAGGCGCUGAGAGCGAGGCGGGCGAGGAUUCGAGCGAAUCUAGUUCAGAUUCCGACUCUGACUCAGACUCGGACGAAGACGUGCGCAAGAAGAAGGGCAAGGCAAACGCCUCUUUGUGUAUACCCGUGUCGCGACUCGCCGGCUCGAGUCAGAAUGGCAAGGCGAAACGGAGACGCAGCACAUUCUUCAAGGCAUUCGAAGGUUAGCCACGGCCUCGGCUUUAUUGUAGCAUAAUUCACGAGAAGCGCU